AUGUGUAUUGUUGAGAGUGAGGAUAAUUCAAAGGAUGUAAUGUAUUUGUUUCACUCUAACAAUUGUCACUUACUGAAAGUUGAGCUCGAUGCCGACAAUAAUUUUCCAAUUUUACAGGAAACAGAAACGAAAAUUAUUUUUGGAAUUACAUUCAACAAAUCUAAAAACGAGGUUAUAGUUUUAGGACAAGAUAGAGUUGUAGUGUAUGAUGGAGACAACUUGCUUUUCAAAUAUGAACAAUUAUACAUGGAACCAACCUUGGCCAUUCAUUAUGAUCACAGUACUGACGAAUUAUGUACCUUUUCAUUUGAAAGCAAUAAUUAUUACUUGAGGAAGUAUUAUGGAAACUCACUUGGGUUUUCCAAAUGUCAUGAAAUUGUUUCUUUUGAAAUUGGUGAUGUAGAACCAAUAUUUGGCUGGAAACCCCAUAAUUUCUUGGUUUUUUACAGUAAUACCGACCAUGAGUUACUAUUGUGUGAUAGCUCAAAUUUCUCAUUGGUAGCAAAAGUAGAUGGAUAUAAAUUGGAUAGCUUAGCUUUUGACAGAGUAACAAAUACUAUAUUUUCAUUCAGUCAUAACAAAGUUUCUCAAUUAGAACUGCUACUAGAAACCUUCGUAUAUGAUAUGCCUUUGAGUAGAGAAAUUUAUGGAAAUCUAUUUUGUCUUCAAUCAAAGUUCCCAAAAACAUUCUUUAUUUCAAAUGAUGUUCCCUUGGUAGUGAGUUAUCUCAGGAAUAUCAGAUUGCCAAGGUUACACAAAUUUAAACAUAAGGAAUUUAGGGACGAGUCAGUAAUUUCUGAGAUUUAUGAUAUGAACACUGAAGAGGUUAUUAAAAUAAGAGCGGAUUCGAGUGUAUAUGACUUGGUUAAGUUUUCACCUUUCGAAUUUAGAAGCAAAAAUCUACAUUACAAAUACUUUAAAAGGUUUCCUAAUGACAAGAUGUUUGUGAUAGGGACUAACUUUGAUGAUACCUUUUACAUCGCUGUUUUACUUUCAGAAUUGAAAGAGUAUGGGCAGUGGCUUGACGAUUUUCCGAUCCAUAUUGUUUCACGUAAGGACGAAUCAGUUGUAAAAUGCAAGCUUUCUGAUUUUAUUAAAACUUUAAAAACAGAGAUCUAUGUCAUGCUCCAUUAUCCAGACAGAGACGAAGGAUCAACAGGGUACGAGUUCAAGAUCAACACAGAAAAGCUUUAUUUCAAACUGGGUAAAGAGGGUUGCAUGGACCCAGAGACUGGAAAGCUUAAUUCUAACAUGUUAUCAGAAAGCUAUCGCAAUAUAGUUAUUCAUUCAGGCUUUGAAACCAUACUGAGGAUUGCUAAAAUUCAUUUAAAAGACCAAUGA